UUUCUAGAAGAUGUAUGCAUUUAACUUAAAAAGCUAAUGCAUCAAGCACUUGGACAAAAAUUAGAGUCAGUGAAGGAAGACUUGUCAAGUAGCACACACAAUGCUGAGAACGUUUACAGGUCAUAGGUUUUCUACCUUCCUCUUUCUAACUUCCCCUUUCAGCCUCCUAAGCCCAUGCAUGCUUUGUGUGUUCACAAGGUGAGAUCCUCAAAAGAGAAGGGGUGUUCAAUACACCGAAUGGAGCCUGGGCCGGGAGAUGGACUGUGAGGAAGAUAUCCAAAAGCAGAUGGAAUGACAUACUUUGGUGACUGAUGGAGACAACGGGGUCUCUGAUGUACAUUUAGGUCCCCCGCUUCGGAUUCUGCCACAGUUGUGUUGACAAAUGUCCUUGUCAUCUCUCUAGUACAGGCAGUUUAUUGCUUAGGAUUAGAGGCCUUAAAAAAAAAAAAAAAGGAUUUGGGAGUAGCAAGAACUCUGAUCAGUCAACAGGAAGAAAGUGUGCCCCCAGGGGACAAGGUUCUCCUGAGGCAAAAUGUACCUGGAGACCGGUGGAGGAUGAAGCUCAGAGCAAUGGAAGAAGCAAAGCUUGCUUCUUUCCCAGACCAAGGAGUGCUAGUGCAGAAGCACGGUGCCUGGGGAAAGGAAACUGGGCGCUUGGAGACAAGAUCAAGGAGGACCGGAGACAAUCUCCCUGGGGCCACUAGCUCUGGCCAGCUUGCCUGCCGGCAGUCGCUCCCUCAGUCCCUCCAGCGCCAGGGAGCAGUUGGGGUGGCGUGGGCUCUUGUCCUCGUCUUGGCUGGUGGGAACCGUGUGUACAACAGAGGAAGCCUGGUGGGUCUGUCCCCUCUCAGCCCAGCGCCGAUGAGUGCCAGGGCGCCGAAAGAGCUGAGGCUGGCACUGCCGCCUUGUCUCCUCAAUCGGACCUUUGCUUCCCACAACGCUAGUGGAGGCAGCAACGCAGGUGUCCGCAGCUCAGGCGCAGGUGGUGGCACCUGCAUCACGCAGGUGGGACAGCAGCUCUUCCAGUCUUUCUCGUCCACGCUGGUGCUGAUUGUCCUGGUCACUCUCAUCUUCUGCCUCAUCGUGCUGUCCCUCUCCACUUUCCACAUCCACAAGCGUAGGAUGAAGAAGCGGAAGAUGCAGAGGGCUCAGGAGGAAUACGAGAGAGAUCAUUGCAGCGGCAGCCACGGUGGUGGUGGGCUGCCCCGGGCAGGUGUUCAAGCUCAAGCUCCGAUCCAUGGAAAAGAAACCCGGCUGGAGAGACAGCCCCGGGACUCCGCCUUUGGCGCUCCCUCCAAUGCCACCUUUUCCUCCUCUUCAACCCCUGGUCUCCUGUGCCAGGGUCCCUGUGCUCCUCCGCCUCCACCGCCAGCCCCCAGUCCACACGGAGCACACGCAGCUUCCUCCUGCUUGGACACAGCUGGCGAGGGCCUUUUGCAAACGGUGGUACUGUCCUGAUUGUGUAGCCCUCUCCUUACCCCUUCCUCGUUUCCAGCAUCUUUGCCAUCCUCGCUUUUGGUCCUCCUUUCUUCCUUUUCCAUUCUCCUCUGACCCCUCUUUCCUCUGCCCUCUUUCCUUACCUGCCCACCCUUUUACUGUUUCUCCUCCGCCGAGGCACUGUGCGGUAUUUGUAAAUAUUGGGCAAGGAAAGUCUCAGAGGAAGAAAUAACGCUGAUAAUACUUUAUUGAUAUUUAUAGUAAUUAUUACACUAUUAUUAACACAGUCCAAGCGCAUGACAAAUCACAUAACUUCUCAUUGUUAACGAUGGCUGCAUCUUCCCUUUCCACCCCGUGUCCCCCUCAGUAAAGAGGAGAAACCGCACAAGCUACCAAAUAUAUAAAAGGUGUUAACAUAGGAGGGGAGGGGGCCGGUGAUGUUGUAUAUAGCUGUCAAGUGAAGGUUUAGUCGCCUUUCUGCCCCUCCCCCAUGGGCCUUCUUUCACGGUUCCUUUAGCUUCUCUCCCCUCCCUUUCCCUCACCUUUAGCCGGGCUCAGGCGUUAGUAUAUUAUAAAGGAAACAUCUACAUUAAGCACCAGAGACCACAGAGAAUGUCCCAGAAAAACGUUUAGGACAGGUAACCCCUUUCUAGUCAGUCAUCUUUUCACUUUUUGGUUCCCCUGGGCAGAGUUUUUGAGUUUACUUUUAGAAAUAUCUCUCGCUGGCCGAGCGCAAAAAAGCAAAACCCACAGUAUCCGCUUUUGCCCCUUCCAUCCUCCUCCGCCCUCCCCACUUGCACACUUGACUGGUGGCAGCUUUCUGUUUUUGUUCUGUUUUAGCCUCAGAGACAUCGGGAGCUGUCCAGCUAUGUCUGGUGCUGAAUAUGUCUCGCCUUCCUGAUUACUUCCUCUGGUUGUGCAGGCCAAAGAAGGAGCUAUUUUGGAAAGUGAUUGUCUUGGUUUCGAUUGGUUUCUUUCUUCUUUUUCUACAAUUGGAUUAGCGUGUACUAUUGUUUUGCUUAUUACUGAACAUUGCAUAAGUUACCUUUAUGUAAAAAAAAAAAAAGUAUUAGGUAAUGUGCCGUUCUGGAAAUGCAGUAUCUAACCAACCAAUAUGUUUCUGUUUUAUUUUUAGAAUAAGUGCACCUUUGUUAUAUACUUAUUAUAUUGGUACCAAAUACAGAAGAAAACUAUAGUUCUGUGAUAUGUCCUCCGAACUGUAUAUUCCUGUUCUAACUUUCCAGCUGUUGAUAUAAUGGUUGCCACUGGCUAAGGAAGUCAGUGGUGCAGGCCUGGCUUCUGUUUCCGGAAGUGUUCUUUUGUAUUUUACUCUGUAGUAGACUAUUAUAAAAAAAGAUGACACCCACGUUUCCCUUUUUCUUUUGUGAAUAGCAGAAACAGCCACAACAGAAAACAAACAAUGGGUGCGCAGGAAUGCCAUCUAUUAAAUCAUGGUUAAUAUUUCAACAGUGCCUGUGGUUCCCUGCAUGCAGUUACCACCUGGAGGCAGUGGUGUGUGUGCUUGCUUGUACUGUAUGUGUCUGGGGGAAAGACUGCUGGAGAUGUUGGGCAAUUUGGAUGACAGGACAUGCAGAUUUCCAAGUUAAAUCAGUGAAUGCUUACAAGAUAAAACAUGUCUACAGCUUGUCUAGUUACAACUCUGUGCCUGCAUCUGAUAAACAGCAACGGAGGAGGAUCUUUCUUCUUUUCUAAGUCUGGCUUAAUUGGCCCCCCAGAACAAAUAGAGAAUAUUGAGGAAAAAAUAGAGUGAGAGAGAAGAUAAUUCUUUUGUCCUCUCUUCAAACAUCAGGAUAAACUCAUCUAUGCUAGACUCUGCUGCUGGGUGUUUGGCAGGGGGACCCCACACAUAUUCCUCUCCUGAGCCACUAGUUGCCCUCAGUUCUCUGUCUUGUUUCAAGUUGUAUGUGCUUAUUAUCCAGAGAAACUAUUGCCUCUAAUGUUUUUGGUUAUUAUAAACUUUCCCAGGCUCAGACUGUAUCUUUAUAAGUUAUUAAGGUUGAUUUUAGUCACCUACCAGAUAUCAUCCAAAUCCUUCUCUGAAGCACAGGCCAUCAUUUAAGCAUGCCACAUUGUACCAUUAGGAAGACCAGGCCUAAUCUCUGGAUACAAUAUAUUAAACAAUGAACAAGAUUCUCUCCGGUGCCUUAGUCACUUCCUAGUAACAGGUCAGAGUGCAUUCACUCCCUCAGACGACCAAGGAGCCCAUCAGUGGAACUCUACGUUAGCUACAGUGAGCUCUACAUUGGACAUCAGACUAAGGCACUGUGAAAGAGAAUGUACAGUAAUCUCUUUAACUUGCCCUAAUCCAACCAUAACUCUUAACACCUUCUUACAGAAUGGGUCUUGAAUGUGAAAUCCAAAUAGAAUCAGGAACCCAGAAAGAAGGAACGUCCUCAUUUCAAUGAGCUCCACUUAAGUGCACAGAUCUUACUUUCUUCCCAUUAUUUGGUGCACUGUUUAUUUUACAGUAAAUAAUUUCCCAUUUUAUUAAAGCAAUAAGAUAUUCUGUUUUGAGUAGUGCUAGAUGCUGAUUCCACUUCCUUGGUGCUGAAGCGACUCAUGUGUUCCUGCCUUAUGAAUCACAGUGCAUUCAAGGCAUGCAAUAAUAAUCCCCUUCCAAGAAGCAGCCUGUACACCCUAGGGGGCAAUGUCCUAUAUACUUUUCCAAAAGAAAUAGAGGGAGCAAGAAAUAAGCUAAUUAUGUGUAUUUUAAAAAAGUCUUGAUACCUCUAACCAUAAGCACACAUCUGUAAUGUGCUAUUUAUUGUGCACCUUUAAGUGUUUAUGCCUUUCCCCAUCAAUUGACUAGGGUUUAAUAUUUUGAUAGUGUCCUGUGUAAAGAUGAUGCAGCUUGUUAAUUACAUUUCAUACUGAAUUUAAUACGCUGUGAACCUGGUGGUGUCACAAGAUUUCUGUGAGCUAGAAUGAGAAUUACAUGAAAUUCUAGUAGAUCAGGUCCCACACCAAAUUAUUGCAAUAAACAUAUAACAAUGCAAAUUUCUAUAGACUCUGUUUAGAUUGCUACUUAGUGAACUCAGCUGACCCAUAUAACAUUCAAGAUUUCAUUUUUAUGAGACAAAUGGCAAUAUGGAAAUAGCUAAAUUUACUCUAAGGAUUUUAUUUACUGAUGUCCAGUCAAACUAAUUGCUUCAACCCUCUAUAGCUACAGCUCAACUCCUGCACUUGCUAUUCAGUAUUAAUAAGGUAGCAUGCUUGAUUCUUACUGUUUUAAAAAAUGAGAAAAUAAGGGAGAGAAUGCCAAUGUGUCAAUUGUAUGGGACUCUGACUCUUGAAGAUGUAGAUGGAUACAAUCUUUAGAAUUUAUAUACACCCAUAGAUAUGUAUUUAUAUAUGCAUACAUUUUGUACAAAUUUACAAUGGACUUUUGUAUUCUCUUUUCUGUCAUUAUAAGUAUGAGAUCGAAACCAAAUAGUUGUUCCAUCGUCUGAUCCAGAGAGGAUCUGAGAAGUCAGGUAAAUGCAUGUACUUGUUUCUUUGGGGUCAAAUCGGAAUGACUUUCUCUUUAUUUAAUGGAAGGGAAGAGUCUUCCUCAGCUUGGGAAACUGGUAAUUAGAUAAGCUUCCUUUCCUAUAUUAGUGACUCAAAUGUAGCAACGAUAAUGAAGUUAUGACCACAUCAAUGUGGUCCAGCUAUCUAGGUGGAAUAAAAAGGUCUAUCUAAAAGAGCUUUGGAGCCAUCUAGACCACAAUCAUGGAUUGCAAUUUGAAUUUUUUGUUUUUUCAACAUAUAUGUUGUAUAAAACAUAACAUAUAUCUGCUUAUUUGUAGGUAAAAUAAAAAUAUAACUCUUAUUUGUUUAAUUUGACAAGUAACUGUUUUGAAAAUAUGGACAACUUAGCUUUAAAUGUUACUUUGGCAUUUACUUUUACUCCCUUUUUAUCUGUAUCCAUUGAACUGAUUAGAUAAUGACUAAAACUUUUUUUUUCAAUGAUAGGUAUAAGCUUUAUGUGCUUUUCUAUGAAUAAUGGCUGAGAAAUUACUAAUGGAUAUUAUUUGAGAGUUACGGGCUAAAUUAAAACCAGAAACUUUAAUGUGGCUUCUAAAACCUACUCCCUAGUGAUUCUAGGCUUCAAAUCUGAAAAGCCACUUGUUCGUAUUUGAAGGCAGAGGUUGUGGCUUGCAGAUGUUACAGUUCAUGUCAGAACGAAUUGCCCCAUCUACACAAGAAGAUACUUCCUCUCUAGGAUGAAUAUAAAUCCAAUUCUGGUUUGUUUUUCUUUCCCUUAUUUGGUAACAUUUGAGAAGCAGAUAUUACGGCUUGGCAUCAAUGUUUGUCAUUACCACCAACCCGAUGGCACUAUUGGUGCCAUGUAGGAAUGCUUAGUGGAGAAAAAGAAAACGGACUUAGCUUUAAUUGGGGGACAAUACAUCACUCAAGUUGUUUUACCUAUUUGAGGCAGGAUAUUUCGCCGAGAUGCAUGGUUCACAGGACUGCUGUUAUAGAGAGGCUAACAACAGUGACAGCACCCAUAGAAAAAGUGAUUUUUGAACUUGAGUAUAUCCAAUAGAUAGAAUAAAACAGGUACUAGAAUUCAUGAAAAAUUUGUUCUGCUUUUAUAUCAAUAAAAGAGUUUUCUUGUUAAUUGGUA